UGUCUCACCCCUACACAAGCGAAUAGACACGCAAUCAAAGGACAACAACAUUGUGAAGUGCUUGCAAGUGUUAGUAGAUGAAGUUAAUUCUAUCAAAAGUGCUAUUGCUUGCUCGGCCAACACCUCGGCAGGCAUUGUGAUCAAUAGCAAUAGUUUUCCAACUGUUGCUCCUGAGUCUUCUAGUGCGGUCUCUCCCUCGCAUAUGUUGUUUCGUACUAAUGAUGUGAGUGCUGUGUCUACAGUUGUUUCGACGCGAUCCUCACUUACUGCUAACAAAGGGUUUGUCACCAACUCGAAGCCAACAAUCGGCGCAGCAGUUGAAAGUGAUGCUGCUGCGCAGUCUUCUGCCGUUAUUGACGUCGACGAGUCGCUGCCUGUGAAUUGUGUUCAAACUGACGUUGUUAAUGCUGAACUUGAAGCUGCUGAUGCUGUUAAUGCUACUGACACGGGUGUGUCUGCCUCUCCUUCUCCUACCCCUUGGCGGACAGUGGAGAACAAAAGAAGGAGGCAAAGUCGUAAGCCGGUGCGUGUGGUUGGAUCCAAUGACUGCAGUGACCUAGGUGUUGCAACUCCAUUUAAGUGGUUGCAUUUGUCAUCUUUUUUGCCAACAGUUUCUUGUGAUAACAUUAUUGAGUAUGUGGGGAAUCACACUGGCAUUGAUAAGAGGCGCAUUUCUUGCUACAAGCUCGUUAAAAAAGAGUCGAAUCUCGAAUCACUAACACACGUGAAUUUUAAGCUUGGGGUCUGCGCCCACAACUUCGAUAAUCUGUUGAGGCCUGAGUUGUGGCCAGCAAAUGUUUCUGUUCGGCCGUUCCGUUUUUUUCAAAAAUUGCCGCAACAAAUGCAACUGAAGUAGCUCAUGCGCGCUGGCAUAGUUGUUUAUUAUCAGAAUCAGCAGACACUACAAAGCCAGUCGACAGCACUACCAGUGUGGUUGCACAUAGUAAAAUCAAAAUUUAUUUUCAAAAUGUUUCUGGAAUGAGAACUAAAGCUGAUGUAGUCCGCAGAUUGAGCUCACAUUUGGAUUUUGACAUAUUUGUAAUCGUCGAAAGCUGGUUAACACCUAAUUUCUUUGACUCUGAAUUCUUCGAUCCCGAUCUAUAUAACGUUUAUCGCAAGGACCGUGACGAAAUCAGGUCGGGCCUGUCCAGAGGCGGUGGAGUGCUUAUAGCAGUUCAGCGUAGAUUGUGCUCGUCGAUGGUUCAUCUUCAAAAUAAUGAUUCUAUCCUCGAGCAGUUGUGCGUGAAUGUUCGGAGUUCCUCUGAACUUCUCUUUGUAUGUGUCUCUUAUAUUCCACCGAGCAGUUGCUUCGACAUAUAUAGAGCGCACGUUGAUAAUGUUUUGAAUCUCAGUUCAAGGAUUGGCGAACACCACCUCUGUGUACUAGGUGACUUUAAUUUGUGUAAUGUAUCUUGGAAUAGCUUUAAUAACUCCUCGUCUUUUACCGCGGUUAAUGCGACUACAGACAGUGAGUUAUACGUAACUGAUAGUUUCCUAAGUAUUGGUCUUCAACAAAUUAAUGGAAUUAUAAAUAAUUAUAAGCGUAUUUUAGAUCUUAUUUUCAUUAGCAAUAAUGUAAGUUAUUGGGUGUUUGAAUGCCCUUCCCCAAUAACCCGC